GAUUUGAACACACAACCUUCCGGUCUCAGGGUUGACACUCUACUACUAGGCCACCGGAACUGAUUGCUUUAAUUAUAAUUUUUGGUCAUGGACCUUUUAACUGUAAAAUCUUUGAAAUAAACAAAUUUGUUCAAUCUGUUGCAUCCACGCUAGGUGUAAACAUCUUCAGAAACCAAGAAUGAGUGCUCUUAUUUUACAACAAAAGCACACUUUUUGAGCAUCUGGAUUAAUAUUAAAAACUUUCAAGCAGUUCACAAGAAAUACAAAAAUUGAGGUGUUGAAACAUAGUGAGAGGACACCACCUGAGCCCCCCAGGCCUCACAAGAUUUAUGUUCACCCCUGCUUACGGUCAUGUUAAAGCCUUUUUUCUGUAGUAAAUAAAAAUAUUUUUCAAGCUUACCCUUAAAAAAAUAAAAGGAUUUUAUUAUUAAAUGUAAAACAUUACCAUAAAGAUAAAAUGGUCUCCUUUUUAUAUUUUUAGUUUAUCAUUAUUUUCUAGUUUUUUUCUCAUUAUUAUUUUUUAAGAUUAAUAAUAACAUUUUAAAAAGUCCUUUUAAGAAAAAAAAAAAAGUGAAAAAGUCUCCUCAGCCAAUCAGAAGCGGGCGUCAUAUUACGCCCCUCCCCCUGAUGCUCCCGAACCUCCCGGUCCUCUCGGCCGACCCCGGUGUCUUUGUCCGGCUGGGAGCCAUGUAAGUCCCGUUCCGUGGGGCUCCCGGAGGCUCCUCGUUGGUACCGAACCGAACCGAACUGAACCGAGCCGUAAAAAUACGGCGGCAUGGAGCGAAGCGCGGAAACUUCCAGAGAUCCAGCCUCCACCAACCAAACUCCAGACCUGAGAGCCACCGAGUCCUGGUCGCAGGAGGACCACAUGGCCUCCUGGAUACCGCCCGGAAACUCCGCCUGCGGCCUCAGCAACCGAAGCGGAAGUUUCUUCAAGCUGAUCGACUCGUUUGCGUCAGAGAUCGGGGAGCUGAAGAAGGAGAUGGUUCAGACCUCUGUGGAAAAGGAGCCCAUGAAGUUACCGGGGCUGGAUAGAGACGUUUACCUGCAGGUCACACACUGCGGUGAGCUGGUGGGUGAAAGGGACUCUGGGUAUGACUCCCUGCGGCGGAGGAUGAGCGUGCUGGACAGGUUGACUCAGACUCACCCGGUGUGGCUGCUGCUGUCGGUCAGUGAGGAAGAGGCUGACCGGAUUCUGCUCAAACAGCCUCCAGGGGUGUUCCUUGUCAGGAAGUCAGCCGCCCUGCAAAGGAAGGUGCUCUCUGUUCACCUGGACGAGGAUCAAGCGGAGACCCCCAUUAAUCACAUCCCCAUCAGAGAGAGCCAGUACACCUUUUCUCUUGAGGGAUCUGGCAUCAGCUUUGCGGAUCUGUUCCGCCUUGUGGCCUUCUAUUGUAUCAGCAGGGAUGUCCUUCCUUUCAAACUCAAACUCCCAGAAGCCAUUGUGUCUGCAAAGACCCAGAAAGAGCUGGAGGAGGUGGCCCAGCUCGGAGCAGGCUUCUGGGACUCAGCCCUCUGCGGUCAGCGGUGUUCCUCUCCGGUUCCUCUCCGCCCUCUGAGCCGGACCCUCAGCCUCCAGCGGAGCAGCAGGAACGCGGCGGUCCAGGAGUGGCAGCAGAGGUUCAUCGGGGGUCAAAGUGACAGCGCGCCUCCAACUCUACAGUCCCGCACGCCGCCUCCGCCUUUCCUCCUCGGGAGUCGGCUCUCCAGCGCCCCCUUGUGCUUCGUGAACCCCCUGUUCCUGCAGACGCACCACGAGCACCGCGGCUGCGAGGACAGCCCGCCGCUGCAGCCCCGCCAGGAGACGGCGGCAGAGCUGAAGGCGGUAACGAGCAGCCAGACGGGCCAGCAGCCGGUCAAACUGAACAGCAAAUCGCAGACGCCCCCCCCUCGACCACCGCCCCCCCGCUUUAUGAUACGCCGUCGACCUGCACCGCCCCCACCUGGACCCGCCAGGAGCAUGCCCGUGAAUGUGGCCUCAACGAAGCAUCCGUCCUCCAAGAGACGCCCGGCCCCCCCUCGACCGUCGAUGGGCUCUAAGCCCAGCAGCCCGUCCAGGAGUACCAGUUCAUCAAACCCUCCCCCUCCAAGACCCAAAAGUCCUGAUCUGGAAGCCCGCCGUUGCCACAUCGCCCUUGACGAUGAGACCAUCGCAAAAGCGCUCUCUCAAGCGAAGCUCCCGUCCUGUCAGCCUACGUCUGCCGAUGACGAGCUGCUGGAGAGCGCCGCCAGCCCAUCAGGACCCCACAAGCGGGGGCGCCAGCGGUUCAGCGACAUGAGCAUGUCCACGUCUUCAUCCGAUUCCCUGGAAUACUCACAGUCUCCGGGCUUCUCCCUGGGCCUGAGCCAUAGCCCGACACAGGACCACCAGGACCCGGGGGAGGACAGCAGCGAGGAUGACGAGGACGUCGAGGAAGAGGAGGAGGAGGACUACGGUGUCGGUCUGGAGGCCGACCUGGAAAUGCGCCUCCGUCCGUCCUUCAAAGUGCGCAGGCGAAGGGUCGGCGUGAGCCUCAGCGGCGGAUCCUUCGUCCUGCCGCGGUCGCUGAAGGGACGCUUCACCAAGAUGAGCGGCAUGCUGAGCUCCCUCAUGACCCCCGAGAAACGGGCCGUGAGGCGGAUCGCCGAGCUGUCCCGGGACAAGAGCUCCUACUUCGGCUCCCUCGUUCAGGAUUACAUCAAUUUCGUCCAGGAGAACCGGAGCUGUCACCCGUCUGGGAUGGACUUCCUGCAGACGCUCCGACAGUUCAUGACCCAGAUGAAGGCUUACCUGCGCCAGACCUCUGAGCUGGACCCCCCUAUUGAGUCCCUCAUUCCCGAGGACCAGAUCGAUCGGGUUCUGGAGAAAGCCAUGCACAAGUGCGUCCUGAAGCCUCUGCAGCGCGUGAUCGAGGUGGCCCUGCACGACUUCCAGGUGAGCAGUGGCGUCUGGCGGCAGCUCAGGGAGAACCUGGCGCUGGCAAAGACGAAGAAGCCCCAGGACCUGGGGGUGGAUGGAGCCGUGCCCCCCGACUCCAUGGCAAUCGAGAAAAUCCGUCACAAGUUCCUGAACAUGCGGAAGAUGUACUCCCCGGAGAAGAAAGUGACGCUGCUGCUGCGAGUGUGUAAACUGAUCUACACCAUCAUGCAGGAUAACUCCGGGAGGAUGUACGGGGCCGAUGACUUCCUGCCCAUGCUGACCUAUGUGGUGGCUCAGUGCGACAUGCCGCAGCUGGACACCGACAUCCAGUACAUGAUGGAGCUGCUGGAUCCUUCUCUGCUUCAGGGAGAGGGCGGCUACUACCUGACCAGUGCCUACGGCGCCAUGGCGCUCAUCAAGAACUUCCAGGAGGAGCAGGCCGCCCGGGUCCUGAGCUCUGAGGCCCGGAACACGCUGCACCAGUGGCACCGCCGCCGAACCACCCAGCGCUCCAUGCCCUCUGUGGAUGACUUUCAGAACUUUCUCCGGGUCGCCCUCCAAGAGCUGGACUCUGGCUGCACAGGCAAAACCCUGAUGGUUCACCCGUACACCACCACAGAGGAGGUCUGCUCCCUUUGCGCUUACAAAUUCAAGAUCCCCGACCCGGAGAACUACGCACUCUUCCUGGUUACCGAGGACACCAGCCAGCAGCUGGCUCUGGACACCCAUCCUCAACGGAUCAAAGCCGAGCUCCACAGCCGCCCGCUCGCACACGCCUUCCACUUUGUUUACAGGAAGAUCCCCAACCUGAACCUCUGUGUCCCGGUGCAGAACGGAAACUGUUUGGUUUGAGACUGUUGAUGGAAGUUUUGUGAAGACGGACCUGAGAACGUGUGAAUGGAUGAGGGGGCGAAGAAGACUUGAAGUUUCAGAUGUUGGAUGGAGGUCAUGAACAUGUUUUGCUCCAGUUUGGUUCUGAUUUUGAAAUUCUGAUGACUGUUUUGCACGACUGAAGAAACAUCUAUAGAUCAUGAGAGAACACCAGCGCUGCACCCAUCCAGUACCUCUGUUUGGAUGAGUAAUGGAUCCCAUUUGGGAAUUUUGCUUCCUUUAUGUCAGAGAUUUUAUCAGAUUAUUAUUUUUAUAAUAUUUUUUUUUUGGCACACCUUUAGGCUCAGACACACAGAAGCAUUUACUAGGCAAAGAAAAAGGCAAAUUCCAGUCAUUAAAAUAUCAACAAUUUACAUAAAAUGAUCAAAAACUACCAGCUCUUAUCCUUAAAAAAUCCUCUUGGUUUUCAAAAUAAAACCCCAAUAUUGACUUUUACUGUCAAGGAUAUAUGGGGAUGUGUACAACCUGUUCAGGAUGUACCCUGUCUUUGCCCAACAGUGGCUGGGAUAGGCUCCAGCAACCCUGUGACAUGAAAGAGGUUAAGGGGACAUGGAUGGAUGGAUGGAUGGAUGGAUGGAUAGAGGACGGACCGAUGGAUGGAUGGAUG